AUGGCCGCUGUGGCACGUGUGGUGAAGCCACGCGCUUUGGGGUCUGUGGUCCUCUUCGGCGCUUUGUUCUCCGUGCCGCCUCCGACGGCGGGUCCUGGCUGGACGCAGAGUCCGAGAGCCUCGGCCUUCGUCUCGGAGCCGCUUUCGCCUCUCCGGCUCAGGGAGAUCCAGACCCGGCGGAUCCUGUCUUCGCCACGCUCUGCCAGCGCUGGCCCAGGCACGAGCAGUGCCAGCAGUGCCCGGGCCCAGGGCGUGCAGGAGCGGCAAGAGUCCGCUCGUCGUCUGCUAGAAGACAUCGUUGGCGUGGUGAGCUCGGCAGGCAUCGAGGCGGGCGCCGUGCGUGGCCUCCAAGCCUUGCGGGCCACGCUUUUGACCGCCGUGGAGGCCGCCCAGAGCGAGGAGCUCCGGGAGGCGUUGCAGGCGUUGCAAGGCCUCUCCCGUGGGGAGCCCGUGGAAGAUGCCCCCUUGGCACGGCUCCUGCGACGCCUCUUCCAGAGGCUGGGGAGCACCUACGUGAAGCUCGGGCAGUUCAUUGCGUCCUCUCCUACACUCUUUCCGGCGGCUUACGUCCGGGAGUUCCAGCGAUGCCUGGACCGCACGGAGCCCACGAGCUUCGCAGAAAUCAGGCGAAGUCUGGAGGCGGACCUGGGGCGGCCGCUGAGUGCCGUGUUCAGCUCCUUCGAGGAGGAGCCGCUGGCCUCCGCGUCCGUGGCUCAAGUGCAUGUUGCGGUGCUGGUGACUGGGGAGCGCGUGGCCGUGAAGGUCCAGAAGCCCGGCGUGGAGCAAGUUUUGCAGGCCGACCUUGGCUUCCUCUUCCUCGCGGCCCGCACAUUGGAGUUUCUGAGCCCAGACCUCGCCAGAACCUCCGUGGUCGACAUCCUUUCAGAAAUCCGCAGCUCCAUGUUGGAUGAGUUGGACUUCACGAAGGAGAUGGAGAACCUCGAGACGUUUCGGAGUUUCCUGCAGCAGAAGGGCCUCGAGCCCAUCGCCGCAGCACCGAGGACCUUUCCGGAGGCAUCGGGGAAGAAGGUCCUGACCAUGGAGCUCUUCCAAGGCGUUCCCCUCACGGACCUCCAAGGCAUUCGGCAGUACAGCAGCAACCCAGAAGAGACAUUGAUCAACGCCUUGAAUGUUUGGUCACUCUCUGUGAGGGCCUGCGAGAUUUUCCAUGCCGAUGUCCAUGCAGGAAACCUCCUCGUGCUGGAGGACGGCCGCGUGGGCUUCAUCGACUUCGGCAUCGUCGGCAGAAUCCCGCCGAGGAUCUGGGAUGCCGUGGAGGGCUUGGCUUUCUCCUUCGCCGGCAACGACGCCAAAGGGAUGGCCAAGAACCUCAUUGCAAUGGGAGCCACGGACAGCUUCGUCAACGAGUCGGCGCUGGCCUCCGAUGUGCAGAAAGUCCUCUCAAGGAUCGCUGGCUUGCAGCCUGAGGUGGUUUUAAGGGGCAAAGGCGACGGCCGUGUGGUGGCCGAGGUGGGCUUGGACAACGACCAGGUCACGGAGCUGCUGCUCGAGGUGAUUCGUGCGGCGGACAACAACGGCCUGAAGCUGCCGAGGGAGUUUGCCCUUCUCGUGAAGCAGGCCUUGUACUUCGACCGCUAUACAAAGCUCCUGGCGCCGGACCUGGAUCCGCUGCGAGACUCCCGGGUAGCGCUGGGCAAAGGUGCAGAGGCACGGGUGAUUGACGUCUGA